UUUUACUGAUUAUGGAGUACAAAGUAUAUAAGGGCUUGACAGCCAUCCAAAAUAAAUACAAAUUUACAAUCUAUAGUCAUCAUGAAGAUCGAAUUACUUGGAUUUGUUUUGUUUGUUCUUAUUGUAAACGCUAUAAGUAGUCCAGUGGAAGAAGUGCAGGCCGAAGAACAUAGUCGAGUUAAAAGAUUCUCCUGCGACGUAUUGGGUUCGAUUGAGGCAGGACCAGUUAAACUAAACGAUGCGGCAUGCGCAGCUCGUUGCCUUUUGCAGCGCCACAAAGGAGGAUAUUGUGAUAACAAGAAACAAUGCCACUGCAGAUAAUCUAAUUUUUGAUAUAUAAUAUUUAAACAUACUAGAAAUAUAA